AUGUUGUAUGGCAACAUCUCAGUCGCAUUCCACUUUCGUGAAGAUCGUGAUUUUCAAAUGUCACGUUCUCUGCCAAUCCUUUUGCGUGAUGUGAAUGAAUGCGAUGAAAUGAUCAAAGCCAGGCGAACGGCUAGUUUAGCACGUAAGGACCAGCAUCAAUCUUGGUCAAUCUCUGCUCCCUAAGU